CAAAUUCGAUUUUAUCGAAGUGUAAGAGUUGUGUAGGAUAUGAAAAUUAGAAAAUAUUAUGCAUUGAAUAUUUAUUUAAAUGCUUUUGUUUGAAAAUGUUUCGUGAAAAUCUAGCUUUAUGCCGAUAGCAGCUUCGUUCAGCUUUGUUUAUCUAUUUCCUGUUACACUUUAGUCAAUGAUUAGCAACUGUAUAAGUAGAGUGAGAAAAUAUAUAUUUAUUUAAGGUUAUACGAUACCAUUUUGUUGGUCGAUUUUUUAACGAUACAAUUGAUUUUUUCUGUGAGAAAAAUUAAGUGUGUCGAUUGACGAAAAUUCCUAUGUAGAAAGGUAACCUGCGCAACACAAAAGAUGAGUAAGAUGUAUACAACCGCCAAUCACUCCGACAAAGAGUUGAAGGAACAAGGAAAUCGUUUUUUCGAACUUCACAAAUACGAGGAUGCUGCUUACUGCUACACCAAAGCAAUUAUUAAAAAUCCAUCCCAAGCGCUAUACUUUACGAACCGAGCGUUGUGUCAUUUGAAAUUACAACGAUGGGAAUUGUCUUGUCAAGAUUGCAGACGUGCUCUUGAUAUUGAUCCAUGUUUAAUAAAAGGUCAUUUUUUCUUGGGUCUUGCACUUUUGGAAUUGGAACUCUUUGAUGAAGCUGUUAAACACUUACAGAGAGCUAUGGAUUUGGCAAAGGAACAGAAACUAAACUAUGGAGAUGAUAUAACCAGUAUUUUAAGGCAAGCACGGAAACGUCGAUUUCAAGUAAGGGAAGAACAAAGGAUUCUUCAAGAUAUCGAAUUACAAUCGUAUUUGAAUCAAUUAAUAGUAGAAGAUGCUGAACGAAACUUGGCUGCUUUGAAGGAACAGGAAGCAACAAAAGAAACAAAUGAUAAAACCGAAGGGGAAACUGCAUCUAGUGAAUUUACAAGACAAAAAGAAGAUAUAGAAGAAAAGAGGGAUACAUGUAUGGCUCGUCUCGAUGAUUUGUUUGCAAAAGUUGAUGAAAGAAGAAUGAAGAGAGAAGUACCUGAUUAUUUAUGUGGAAAGAUCAGUUUUGAAAUUUUGCAAGAACCUGUAAUUACACCGAGUGGAAUUACGUAUGAACGAAAAGACAUUGAAGAACAUUUACAAAGGGUAGGACAUUUUGACCCAGUUACUAGAGUUCGUUUAACUCAAGAUCAGUUGAUACCUAAUUUAGCAAUGAAAGAAGUAGUUGACACGUUCCUACAAGAAAACGAGUGGGCAUUAUAUUAUUAAUAUGUAUAGUUAUGUUACUGCCAUAUUUCUAUUAUAAAUAAUUAUAUAUUUCAUGAUUAUUUCUGGGUCCGAUUAAUUUACGUAAAUGUGCAUAUUAUUUCCUUAUAAGAAGUAAAUAGAUA